GUGUGAGGAGCGGAGUGUAAGUAAACGCUCUGCUAGAGCUGUCUAAUAUUUUUCGCUGUUCUCUUUUGCUUUCUUUUAUGCGAGAAAAGGCUCAACAUGCAAGUGGCGAAACGAGUACAGGUGAUGCAACAGCCGACGAGGAUGCAGUUUUCAUCUCCUGGCGAGGAAAGUGAUAUUGUGAACUUGAGUCACGGAUUACCUGACUACCCACCACCGGUGUUCCUUCUCAACGCACUCCAGGACGCCAUCGCGUGCAAUAGGUUGCAUCAGUACACUCGAGGAUCCGGUCAUCUGCGGCUAGUCAAUGUCUUGUCCCAGAUGUACUCUCGCUUGAUCGGUCGAAAGGUCGACCCAGAAAAUGAGGUGCUGGUGACCGUCGGUGCCAUAGAAGCACUUUACGCAGUGUUCCUCGGUCUAGUCAACCCUGGGGAAGAGGUGAUCAUCAUCGAGCCCUUCUUCCCCCUAUAUGAGCCCCAGAUAUUGUCGGCAGGAGGAGUGCCAGUUUUCGUCUCCCUCCGCCCUCGUAAGGAAGGCCUAAUUUCAAGUGCCGACUGGGUUCUGGAUCCGAGGGAGCUCGCUUCCAAGUUCAAUUUUAAGACCAAGAUGAUUGUCAUCAACAAUCCACACAAUCCACUCGGGAAGGUUUUCUCCCAGGAAGAGCUAGAAAUGAUUGCGGACCUGUGCAGGACGCACAAUGUUAUCUGUGUAAUGGAUGAAGUUUACGAAUGGAUCCUUUACGAUGGAAUCGAGCAUAUUAGAAUGAACACGCUUCCUGGUAUGUGGGAAAGGACUAUAACUUUAGGAAGUGCUGGGAAAGCCUGCGGUGUUACUGGCUGGAGGGUAGGUUGGGCUUAUGGCCCUGAGCAUCUGAUCAAAGGACUAAGAAUGAUACACCAGAACUGCAUCUACACAGUCAGCACUCUAAUGCAGGAAGCAGUAGCCGUAUGUCUUGAGAAACAAAUGGACUGGAUGGCAGAUCCCACAGGAUAUUGGAACCAGCAGUCCUAUUCACUUCAGAAGAAACGCGACUUCAUCUCCCGCUUGCUCGGAUCGCUCGGUGUGACUGUCACCGUUCCUCAAGGAGCUUACUACAUUUUCUGCGACUUAUCAAAUCUAGCAUCAAAACUGGAGGUACAAGGCAAUGAAGACGAACCUCACCUGCUCACACAAUGGUUGUUCAGAAAAAAGAAGCUGAUGACCACUCCUGGUAGUGGGUUCUAUAGUGAGGAUGCCAGACCCCUUGCUAAGGAUUUCAUACGAAUUUGUUACGCGAAGGACGAUACAACUCUUCUCAAAGCUGCUGCUAUACUGGAAGGACUGAAGACGAUGUUGAGUAGAAAUUAGAGCACACCAAGGAGUGUGAGUGCAAAAUGUCACUUGCAAAUGACAGCAACUCAUUGAUGAUUACUAAGGAACAUGAUUGAUUUCCAACAUUUCUGAGUUUUCUCGUGGCGGCUGCACUUUGAGAUGUUAUUGCACUUGUCACCGGUGUGUUAACUAUAAUUAAAGUGGCUGUGGUGAAUUUGUGUCAGAAAAAAAUUGAAA